AUGGCAAAUGCAUUUAUGUCAUGUUUGGAGGAAUUAUCUAAAAAGAAAUAUAAAUGGGAAUAUGUUUUUACCCUUCAAAAUGAUGAUAUACAGAUAAAAACAAACGAGGAAAUUAUCCAAAUAUUAAAAUGGCUGGGUGGGGCUAAUGACGUUGAAUAUGAAUUUAGAAAUCAAGACAAGCAAAAUAUGAUCAAAAGUUUACAUAAUAAAUUCAACUGGACUUUUAAAGAUUUAAAUUUAUUUAAAGAUGAAAAAUUAAAUAAUCAAGUUGAUACAAAAGGAAAGCCUUUAUCCUUAAAAUUAAGUAAAGGAUAUGUGCAAACUAGUUUGGCACGCCCUUUUGUUGAUUUUAUUGUACAAAAAAUUAAUUUGGACAAAAUGAUUAGACAAUUGAAUUCUUGGAAUUAUGGGGCUGAUGAAUUAUUUUUCCAAACAUUAACGGCAUCUGACGAUUUAAAGGCACCUAAUGCUUUUACUCACAAAUGUCUUGAUAAAAAAGUUGAUGUGCCUUAUAUUACAAGAUUUUCCGCCUGGAUCUAUUCAUCAACCCCAAAAUGUUUUAGCGGCAAGUAUAACCACGGUAUUUGUGUUAUUGGCAUUGAAGACUUGGCAAAAAAUUUGAGAGAUAAAAAUAAUUUCCUUUUUGCAAAUAAAAUUCAAGCUGAUCUUGAUUUUGGGGCCAUUCUUUGUUGGCAUGAGGAGAUGAGAAGCAGAACCUUGGUAGACAAAGGAUUGAAAAGAUUGAAUAGUACAUUCUAUCAAAAUUGGCCUCAGGCAAUUUUUGAAACUUCUAUUAAUUUAUUUUAUAAAUUCCAGACACGCUUCCACAAAGAAAUGGUAAAAACAGGCAAAGUGGAUAUUGAUAAAUUUAAUUGUGAUAUUAAUAAAAACUAA